AUGGUCCUAGACCGUGGUGCCAGCGGGAAGCCUUCGAACGACAAGGAUCUGAAGCCGGCCAAGGAUGCCACAGUGAAGCGGGUGAAUAUGGGUCGUGAUACAUCUGGCUCGAUUCAAAACAUGCCGGAAGGAAGGAGCUUCUUGGUGAGGGUCGUCGGCAAAUUGCAGGUGGGCAAGGAAGUCUACAGCCCAUGGACCAGAGCAAUCACCUUGAGUCCAAAGACACGGGACAAGGACCUAGGGAAUUUGGAUCCAAUGAACAUGCCGCGCAUGAAUUGCAACAAUUGCCCUUGCGCGUGCUACGUUCCCUUCCGAUGGGGCUUGAACUCUCCAGGGAGGCUGAGAUGCAGGCGUUGUGGCUGUCACCAUACUGAACAUCAGAUGGUGGAAGUGGGCGAAAUAUUGAAAGCUCGCGAGGUGAAGGCCAAGUCUUCCAUGGGUCGCGAUGUGACACCACUGCCGCAAGAAGCCUUGGAUUGGGAUGAGCGAGAGUGUUCCAUGUGGCAGAUUCGGACGAAGUCUCGGUCGAAGCCAAAGAUGGAAGAAGUCAAGGGCCGUGUGUCCAUUGCCUUGCUGGCGGGUAUUCUGGGUGCCCUAUUGUACCCUCACAUCCCCAGUGCUUUGCUUGUUGUGUACGUGAAGUUCCAGCGCUCAAUUGGUGAUGACUUUAGCAUUGGGCUGAAGAGGAACGUGGGGACGCACUUGGCCUCUGGUGAAGUCAUUGCCAGCUUCGAUGACGAUGAUCUUUAUGCACCAUCCUAUCUGGACACCAUGGUCAAUGCCUUGCAAGAUCGACGAGCACUUGCAGUGAAGCUGUCCAACUGGUACGUGUACCACAUUGACACCGACACUUGGUCAUUUUGUGACCCAAUCGCGUGGGGACUCACAAAGGGGCUGGAUGAAACCUCUGACAAGGUGAAGAGCUGGGCCUAUGGCUAUGGUUUUUCCUAUGUCUACCGAAGACAGUGUGGGCUCGACCUGUGGUAUGGGAACAUCAACCUUGGUGAGGACUUUAACUGGAUGAUGCAGCUGCAGCUCCGGAGAGGUGAACGAAGUGUCCACCUCGUUCCGGACGAUUUCGGCAUGUGCCUGCAUGUGCAGCAUGGAGGCAACACCUCCAACUCCAUUCCAGUGCGGGAGGUGCCAGAUUCUGAAGCCAUGGACUUGGAUAUUAUGGAGCUGAACCAGUGGAUGCACGCCUCAGGUCCAGCAGGCCGUGCACUCGCUCGAGCUAUAGGACGCAGCAAGACUUCCGGAAGCAAGCAGGUUGCAUGCCACCUGCCGCAUGCCGAAUACCUCAUCGAGAACCCGCCGAAAGCGACGGUCAAUGACUUGUUGAAAGCUCUUGAAGAUCAGCUUCGGAUUCCCUGCGAUGCCUACAAGGUCUACAGAGUGCCUCCACCUGUGGCCUUUGGAGCACAGAAAAAGAUCUACCCGGAGGAACGUCGUGGCCAGAUUGCGGCAGAUGUGCUGGGCAUCUCGUUCCUAGCGAAGCUGCCCGGUGCCGAGGAAAAUCUUCAGCCACACACCAAGUCUGGACAGCAAUGGUGCAAGCUCACGAAGGCGGCCCAACAAUCCCUCCGAGGCACGGAUCGACUGGGGCCACGCGUCGACGACGUUUGGGUGCUUCCACCUGAGCAAGCAGCUGCAGCUGGACUUAGCACUGGGGAGGAAACUUGGGAGGAGGAGGACAAGGUGGCCUGCGCAGCUGCAGAGGAGGAAAGCAAGAAGUCCUUCAUCACACGGGUGACUUGCCAAAGCUCGACCGUCAAGAAGUUCUUCACCACGAAGCAGUCCUUCGGAGUCUACCUUCCGAAAGGUGCAACUGUUAGCCAGCUAAGAUGGGUGCUGGGAAGACACCUUCCAGCUGAGGCGCGAGUGCUUUGCCAGCGCCAAGGGCGUGACAUCCAGGUGAUGCAAGAAACAGACGUGGUGCCCGAGGAGAUCACCGUGUCCGACUUUCGAGGGCCUCGAAGCUUCUACAUGCGCUUUACGGAUGAGCAAUGUGCUAUCGUUCUCCGCUUCAUGCGGUCAUUUUUCAAGAAUCCAGAGAAUCAGAAGCGCUUGGACGAGUUUGAAGCCAGUGCCAAAGGCAGUGGUCACGACUACAGAGCUCAGCUGGUUCAGUUGCUAGCACAUGAAGUUUAUCCAAGGAUCUAUCAGAAGCUGCACGUGCCCGUCAUGGAUGACUUGGACGGACCCAAGCUCAUGCUGGAAGCUAUGUCCAAUGUCUCCUCCAGCAACCUGCAGGUGGUGGAGCUUUGGCUAGAGGUGGAGCUGCUUAUGCGGAACCAGGCAUCAGCUCAAAGUGCUAUUCAGGCUGUGCAAUUCUUCCGCAACCAGGCCAACAAGUCGCAGGGAAUUACAAAGGUCAUCGAACAGCCAUCUUACGAACAUAUCCGUGACGCUGUGCAGAUCAUGAGACAAGUUGGGCCGAGCAUCAGUGGAGCAAUAGUGCAGGCAUUUCCGGGAGCUGCAGGGGGACUGAGGAGGAAGGCCUGGAUGGACAAGGACACUUCCACGGAGUGUUCCACGGAAAGCAAAGCAGAGCCCGACCCAAGAGACGCCGAAGGAGGCGCAUUGGCAACCAAAAAGUCAAUCGGCUUAGCCGAGACCGUUGGUGGAGAUGGUGCAAUCCCGGUGGACGUGCUGAAGGUCGUGCUCGAACGCGAGUUGGAGGGCCAUUUAGGAGACUUUGGUCAAAACUCUGCAGACGAGAUCCUGCAAACCUACAUGCAACCGGACGCCGACGGGGUGGUUGGCUUUCUGCAGUUCUGGAAAGGAAUGGAGGAGAUCCUCCGUGCCCGGGGCACCAUGCGAACCUACGCGCUGACGCCGGCACAGAAGGAAGCCAUCGCAGGCUUUCGCUUUCUGCGGACUUGCUUGCUGGAUAUGGCAGCACGGCAGAUCUCCCAGGGCCGCUCUUCCUUCAGUGUGCGCGAGCUGAGAUAUUUCAUGGACCGCACCAUUGAGCUCACCGGCUUGGAGGGGCAAGACUUCUGGCGUCAAAGAGCGACGCAGCUACCGGAAGACCCCGAAAUGCUGGUCACUGGUGAGGAAGUGGCUUCUGCCUUGCUCACAUGGUUGGAGGAGUUGGUGGGGGAAGGACCAGGUGAGGAUGAGGAAGAAGAGGAGGACUCGGCGGCAGAGGACGAUGAGGAGGAGCCUGAAAGAGAGGCCUCCGUACUGGUGCCAACCCCCAGCAGCACCGGUCGGGCUGGGGCUGGCCGUUGGGCCACCCACCAGCCGUUAGCCAUCCCUGCGCCCAUUGGCCCACCGCCCACACGGCAAGUGCAAAGGCCCAGUCUGGCGUUCGAACGAGGCCUUUCGACCUUGCUUGCAAAGAGUGAGGCCAGACCAACAGUGGCGACAAAGGAGAGUGUGGCGGAGUGGCGGGACGUGAUUGAAUUCCAAGUGUCGCUUGCCCGAUGGAUGAAAUCAGUACAAGGGAAGGAGGACUUGGACCUCAACAAGUUCCACAGCUUCGCCAAGGGCCACUUCGGAAAGCUGAGCGCUCGGCGAAAGUCCAACAUCACACCAAGGAGGGCAGACCGACAUGUGCGUGAGAAUGCGGCCCUCGUGCUAAAGACCAGGCUGCGAGACCUUUUCCUCCGACGCUUGUCCAGUGGCUUUGGCAUGAUGCGCAGAUUUGCAUUCCAAGAGGCUCAGAGCGAUGCCGGAGCAACAUCACCCGGUGAGCCGAGCAUCUUCAAAGAGCUACUGAAAUCUCAGUGCCAGUGUGCCGUGAUGCUUGAGACGCGAGUGCGGCUCUCGCACAGGGCGGGUGGCUUGGCCUUCUGCCGGGUGGCCAAGUGGUUCCUGGCCAAGCGCACAGCGAAGGUGGCCGCACUCGCAAGGGCAACACGCUGGCAACAAGCAGUCUACUUGGCAUUGGUCGAAACUCCAGUCCAGGACGCUCGCCUCCAUGCCGCGGCCGUGGCCGCGCUGGGCCGUGGCCUCCGCUGGGCAGAGGCCCUGGCGCUGGGAGCCGGACGCGUCCGGGACACGAGUAGUCUCAACGCUGCACUUGGUGCAUGCGAGCGUGCACGGCGCUGGAGCGUGGCACUACGACUGUGGAAGGACACCCACUCGCGCGACGUGAUCACCUUUAACACUGCUAUGGCACUGUGCGCUUCAGGGCCACCAGCGCUGGCAGCAGACAGUGCCCUGAACAUUUUCCAUGACAUGUGUGCUGCUGCUGCUGCUGAGCCUGACGUGGUCAGCUACAAUGCAUUGAUCAAGGCGUGUGCUUGGAGAAGUUGGCGUGCGGCCUCGGAAGCCUUCAAGCUGUGCGAGGUGGUGACCCUGCAGGCCAUCACUUCUUGUGCAACAAGAGCUCCUUGGAAGUGGGGCUUGGCACAUUUGGGACUACAAGCUGACCUUGUGCUCUUCAAUGCGAUCCUUGGUUCUUGUUCUGCCUCUUCCCAGUGGAAACCAGCCUUGAAGAUCCUUCAUGCACAGCAGGUCCAAGGUGGGCACCUCAGCCCGGACAUUGUGAGCUACAACUCGGUCAUGACAGCCAGUGGACGGGGCCGGGCGGUCCGAGCAUGGUCCUUUUUGGUGGAUCUACAGUGCCUGCGUUUAAUGCCAACUCUGGUGACUCUCAACACUGCGUUGAGUGCAUGCGACGGAGCUGGAGAUUGGGACGCUGCCAUAGCAUUGCUUCACUUGGCGAACGACCGAUUGGAACCAGAUUCAGUGUCGCUCACUGCCUUGCUGGGGGCAUGUUCUCGAGUUGCCCAGUGGCCCAAAGCACUGGAACUGUGGCAGGGCACAGAACUACCCAGAGAUCGGCAAGCAGAAAGUGUUGCAGCGCUCGCGGUCGCCAAAGGCUUUCUAUGGAGCUCUGCCUUGCUGGGCCUCACUGAUAUGAGUGCAGCGCUGCAUGACUGGACUGGACACUGGGAGAUGGCACUCAAGGAAUGUCAAAGAUCUCAAGAGCAAGGUGUCAGCAUUUCCACGGACUUCUUGAAUGCAGCCAUUAGUGCCUGCAGUUCUUUCUGGCGCUGGGCGAUACGGCUCUUUGGUUGCGCAGUGGAUUUCCGAGCUCACAUUGGCCAAGUGUCGUAUGCAGCUGCUUUGAGCGCCUUCAGUGAUGGACGAUUCUGGCUCAAAGCCAUGUCAUGGCUGCGUGAGGCACGGCAUUUCCACUGCACGGGUGAUGAUCUCAUGACCUGCUUCAACACUGCCAUGUCGUGCUGUGAAGAUCCAUCAACUUGGAACUCUUGCCUCCAAGUGCUGGACAAUCUCCUAGAGGCCACCAUCAAGCCAGACCAGAAGAGUUACAGAUCGCCAAUUCGCGGCACCGGGUAUGGAACUGGCUGGCGCACAGCCAUUGGGCUGUUGGAAAGCAUGGUGCGAGGUGCCAUCAAUGACGACGACCACUCAGCCCUGUCAGCGACCAUUUGGGCUGCGGAGGUGCCAGAGCACGGCUUGGCAAAGCUCCAGCGGAAGAGCCUGCUAGGGCCUCAACGAGCUGGCGUACUGCUUUCCAAGAGCUCAGCCGCUAUCAAGGUGGCCGUGCCCCAGCCUCGGAUCUGCCGCCCUUGA